AUGUCUCAUGGGGAAGUGAGAUUUGUUAAAGCUCAAACACAAAACAAAAUAUCAUUUCAUGUGGAAAUCAAUGAAAGACAUAAAAAAGCAUUUCCGUCUAUCAAUAAAUCAAAAGAAUUUUCUUCCUUCUUCCCUCACUUACUCUUGCAAAAGAAGGAGAAGACGAAGGAACUUGCAAAAUUAAGUUCAAACAUGCUUUUCGUUGUUUUCAAUGCCAAAGGUGAAUAUAAUCGAUUGGUUUGGUCCUGUCUCAAAAACUUACCUCAUCAAUUCGAAACUGAUACACAAAUGAUUCCUAAAAUAGAAGUAAUCCAACAUGUGAAUGAUGUUGUGAGAUCCAUCAGCGUCUUUCUUGCGAAGCUCAUCAAGAAUGCGAACUUCAACGAGCGCUUGAUGAUGGAAGCGCUUUUUGUUUCGAAUUAUUUUGAUUGCGACAUAUUGAUUUGUUUUAUGGUCCAAUGCACGAAUCACUUGUCCGAAACUACCUUUUCCGAUAACUUCCAGGAUCUCAUAUCGAUAGCAGAUGUGAUCACGGAAAUCAAGGAUGCAAAGGAAAGCAAUAAAGAAAAGUUUUGUUGA